AUGUCAGACGAAAUUCCUUUCCAUGUCCAAGAGCAGAUCAUCAAAAGGCUUCCUGUCGUAUCAUUGCUUCAGUUCAGAUCCGUCUCGAAAGCAUGGAAAUCUUUGAUCGACAGCUCUAAGUUUAUCGCUGCUCACAGCGUUACUCAGUCGCAGCAUCUGCUUCUAAGGUACGAAGAUCAGGAAUUUGACACUGUUGGAAACUAUGUUUCUUUAUUAGAUGAUGACACAUUCCCUGAACAGAGGUUUGUUCAUACCCUUCCUCACUCCAUUACACAACUUAAACAGUCAAAUAUAGUCGGUAGCUCUCUCGGGUUGUUGUGCUUUCACGGUUAUAAUGAACUGGGAGAGGAUUUUUGUCCCAAAAUGGAAACUGAGACGAUUGUUCUUUGGAAUCCUUCGAUUAGAAAGUCAAUUACUGUUCCUAUGCCUAACAAGUUUAAUCUGGACCCUGAAACUGAUCUUGGUUUUGGGGUUUCCCCUGUUACUAGUGACCCUACAAUCGUUGAGAUCUCACAAUUUCACAAAACUAGCUACCAUUGUGAAGCUAAAGUUUACACUGUGAGCUCAGGCAAAUGGAGAAAUCUAUCUAGCAAUGUUCCAAGGAAACCAUUUCGUGUCUUCUGGCCUCAGGUGGUUGUUGAUAGGUUUAUAUAUUGGUGUGCUUUUGACCCGUUGACUAUGGAUAACGGGUUACCAAAUCAUAAUGUGAUAAUGUCAUUUGAUAUAAUCAAUGAGAGUUUUGGAGUUGUAGAACUCCCAGAUAGUUUAAGGCGCAUCUCUCCUACUCAGUUGUGUAUUUCUAAGGUAAGGGAUUCUAUUGUCAUGCUUGAAUAUGAUAGCUUUGUGAAACGUGCUUGUGGUGUAUGGAUGAUGGAGAAUGGUGUUGAAAAAUCAUUUACAAAGAGAUUUACUGUUGAGGCUCCACCAUAUUGGUCAAAGUCAAUAACGACACUUGGAUUUAGGAAGAGUGGUCAACCUAUAAUGGAAGUGGAAAUUGCUCAUGAUUUUUAUGAACAGAGUCAACUUGUGGUGUAUGAGCCCAACUUUGAACGCUUCAAUUAUAUUGAAAUCUAUGGAAAACCUGAAACAUUCUCUGUGCAUUCCUUCAUGGAAACACUAGUUUUGAUUGGUAGCAUCGAGGUUGAAGAUGAUGGCCACAUUGCAACGUGUAGCCUAGAAUGA